CUACGCUUGCGCAGUUUAAGAGUUUUAUUUAAAUUGUUUGCUUUUACAAAUUGAAAGCGGAAGUGUGCUCAGGCGUUGAACAAAAUAUAUGUGUGUGUCGGGCCAAUUGUUUUUAACUAUUAUUUAUGGCAUGAAAGCAAUUUAAUUGUGUUGCGUGUAACAAGAUACAUUUGAUUGCUGCGUACACCAUUUGCUGUUGUAUUAGUGUGGGUUACAUUGUUACAUACAAACCGUGGCUAGAGGCCAGCCCCAGCCUGAGCUGCUGGCCAUUCAGCACAAACCGCAUUCCACAGAGCGGCGGCCACAGCACAGACCAUCAAUGAAAAAGUAAGCGCCAUGCAUCACCAUCAUCCGCCAUUGCCCAUAAUGAGCACGGCAAACGCGGUAGUGCCAGCAACGGUCGCCUCCUCGCAGUCGCAACAACCGCCGCCACAGCAGCAGCCACAACAGCGGCGUCGCAAAAAGCGUCCCAACUACGGCACACGUACCGUGGAGGUGCGUCGUGGCUAUAAUGGCUUUGGCUUUACCAUAUCCGGGCAGCAGCCAUGCCGCUUGUCCUGCAUCAUCAGUAAUUCGCCCGCCGAGCAGGCGGGUUUGCGCGCCGGUGACUUUCUCAUCUCGGUGAACGGCCUCAAUGUGUCCAAGCUGCCGCAUGAGACAGUGGUGCAGCUAAUUGGCAAUUCAUUCGGCAGCAUACGCAUGCAGAUUGCGGAAAACUAUUAUUCGGACAGUUCGGACGAGGAGAAUGCCAAUGCCACGUUGCUGAUACAGCGCAGUGCGCGCGGCCAACUGCUGGCGGCCAGCUUGGGACCGGGUGUACGCAACAAGCCGCGUUUCCUGCAUCACAAAUCCAAGAUGCACCGUCUGCGCAACUCCCCACAAAAGAAGCCCCCUGAGGCUGCUGAAGCUGUGGCGCCUGUGGUGAUAGCUGCCCUACCGGAUCAUGCCACGCUGCGUCCGGUGCUGGAGGAUGCGCCAUUGGCCAGUCUUGGCAAGGUUGCGGAUGUGGCCAAUGUUAGCGCCAUGGUGCGCGCCGUUGGCAGCGCUGCUCUGGAAUACCGUGUCAUUGUUGGCUAUCUGGGCACCAUUGAGAUGCCAAAACAGAUUUCGCACAGCUCCAAGCUGCAAACGGUGCGCUCCUGCAUACGCAAGCUGCGCCAGGAGAAACGACAGCCCACCAUUGUGCUCAUGUGCAUCACGCCGGACUCUCUUCGCCUGCAGAGUGCAGGCGGCGGCACACUGGCCACAUAUGCAUCGGCGCGGCUCAACUACGUCAGCUCCUCGUCCGAGAGCGAGAAUCGUUUCUUUGGCCUGGUCACCAGCGCCGUGCACAACACGCAAAUUGAUGAGGAAUAUGAACUGGAGGACAAGUCCAAUGCCAGCGGUGGCCACAUUAGUAUAUCGCACAGCUGUCAUGUCUUUGUCAUUGAUACUAAGCUAAUUGAGCAUGGACAGCAUUUGGCGCGCGCCCAUGAAUAUCGCUUGCAAUGCACCAGGGAUCCCAUUUCAAAUCUGUGCCUGGAGUUUCCCAAUAACUCGGAGUAUGUGGUGAAUCUCAUACGCAGUAUGUACACCAUGCGCAUCCUACCCCCUGCCAGCCGCAACCAACAGCCGCAGGAUUACGAGGCUGGUGCCGCCGCUGCUGCCCACUCACCGCAGCCGUCCAAUCACAGCGAGAUAUCAACAACCACCUCUAACUCGGAUUCGGGCAUUGGCUUCAACAAUGACUGCACCAACAUAUCUGAUCGCAUUUUGGUUGUGGACUUUGCCGGCGCACCGGCGGCGGCUGCUCUUGGCCUUGCGCCCAUGGCCCCUGCUGCAGCGCGUCCAUUGGGCAUUGUGGGCGUGCCCGAUAAUCGCCUGACUGUGCGCGCCAUGCCAGAUCCCGAUCGCAAGUCACCGUCUGCGUCCUGUUCAUUGCGUCGCCCCAAUUUACUGGCCAGCUUCAAUCUGAUCAAGAGUCCGGCUACAAACCUCACGGCCACGCGCUCCUGCGAUGAUGUUCUGAAUCUCUUUGUGGAUGAAUCGCCUGUGCUUGCUGCUGUCGCCUCCAUGGAUGAUAUUUCACUGCAUUCCACCGCACCCUCGCUGGAUGAACCGCACACGUUUGUGCAUCCAGCAUGCGUGCCCCGCAAGACGCGACGCUCUAUACAGCCAAUGGCCACAGCUGCGACAGCCCCAGAGCCAACUCCAUCCAAACUUAGCGCCCAAGUCUUUGGCAAGCCGCGUUCGCGACAAUCGCUGGGCUUUGAGGCCAUCGAUAGCAUCCAGUCACCUGGUCUGGCCUGCGUCGAUCAGCCCAUGGACACCUGGACCAGUCUGCAGAACUUACACAAUGCAAUUAAUCCGAUUACGGAUCCACCAUCAUCUUCAUCCACACAUUGCCUACUAGAAGCUACCAACAGUGAACCGGAUCUGGGGAACCGCGCACUGCCCACCAAUGCGUCGCCCUUUCGUCGCGCCUGGGGUCAAUCAUCGUUUCGCACGUCGCGCGCCGACAAGGUGGCCAAAUCAGGGUCUGGCAGCAGUCCAUUAGUGCGACGCACUGCCUCCAUGAAUGCCUCCGACAACGAUGUGUACAUCAAGACGCUCAUGCUGGACGAGCUCAAGCCGGCCAAGCAACAGUCGCAGCAGUUGGCGAUCUUUCAAGUGCCGCAAAUACUCACAACACCGGCGCCGCCAUCCAGCGUAAUGGUCAAAGCUGCCGCUGGCGGCGUUGGUGAAUCAACGCUGGAGCUAGCGUCACAGCCGGAGCAAGGGGGCCCCAGUUGUUGGGGCACAUCCUUUGAGCGCAUGCUGCAAGAUGCCGCCGGCAUGCAGACCUUUGCGGAAUUUCUCAAAAAGGAAUUCUCGGCGGAGAACAUCUACUUUUGGACUGCCUGCGAGCGCUACAAAUGCUUGGAAUCGGAGCCGGAGCGCGUGACGGUGGCACGAGAAAUCUUUGGCAAACAUUUGGCCAACAGCAGCAGCGAUCCGGUCAACGUGGACUCGCAGGCGCGCAAUCUUAGCGAUGAGAAACUGGCCAGCGGCGCCUCGGACAUCUUUGCGGCGGCACAAAAGCAAAUUUUUAACCUGAUGAAAUUCGAUAGCUAUCAGCGCUUCAUACGCUCCGACCUGUACAAGAGCUGCGUGGAGGCGGAGCAGAAGCAACAGCCGCUACCCUACACGGGCGCCGAUCUGGAUGAGCUGCUGAAGACAAAUUUUCACGUAGUGGCCUCGCCCAAGCUCAAAAAAUCUGCAAGCAAUGCCGAGGAUCGGCGACGUAAAAGUCUAUUGCCCUGGCAUCGCAAGACGCGCAGCAAAUCCCGCGAUCGCAGCGAACUGAUGGCCGAUCUGCAGCAGACGCUGAUGCCACCGCCACAAGCACCAGGAUUAGCUCCGCCACCACCACCAUUGCUGGCGCUGCUGGCUGGUGGCUCGGUGAGCGAUCUGCAUAGUUCCCGCUCCUCGUUGUCGUCCUUCGAUGCGGGACAGCCCGGACAGGGUGCCAGCGCAGACAGCGUGUGCUCCUUGUGUCGUGUCAUACUCACCGAUGGCGCCACAACUAUUGUGCAGACACGUCCCGGUGAGACGGUGGGUCAGCUGGUGGAGCGUCUGUUGGAGAAACGUAACCUGGUCUAUCCCUACUAUGAUGUUGUGUUCCAGGGCAGCAACAAGUCCAUAGAUACGCAGCAGUCCUCACAAAUGCUGGCCGGCAAAGAGGUGCUAAUCGAGCGUCGAGUAGCCUUCAAACUAGAUUUGCCCGAUCCCAAGGUCAUAUCGGUCAAAAGCAAGCCCAAGAAGCAGCUACAUGAGGUUAUCCGGCCCAUUCUAAACAAAUACAACUAUCAAAUGGAAAGGGUGCAGGUCCUGCUGCGCGACACUCAGGCGCCGCUUGAUUUGAUGCAGCCUGUCACUGUGGCAGAUGGCCAACGGCUGCAGAUAGCACUGAUCCAGCCGGAUUUUCAGCAAGGCGGCGGCAGUAGCAUGCCGCCGAAGCAUAGCAAACCAAUGAAGCCGCUGCCCACGCUUGCGCCAGAUUCCACGCAGGGCCAGCUGGAUGAGCUCACCAACAAGAUGUUUAAUGAGCUGCUGCAGAGCAAGGCAGUUGCCGUAGCGGCGGCGUCAGCGUCAACGCCGCACAAACCAAGCGAUCUGUGCUCCAUGAAAUCAAAUGAAGCACCCUCGGAGAGCUCCUCCUCGCUAUUUGAGCGUAUGCGACGCCAACAUCGCGAUAAUAGCAACAUUCCAGGCAGCAAGCUGCCCAAGCUCAAAAAGAAAUCCACAAGCAGUCAACAUUCCGAGGAGGCAGGCCCAGCUGCAGUACCAAAUUUAGAUCCAAAAAAACCCAUCAUAGCAAAGCUAAAGGCGGGCGUCAAACUGCAGUCAACGGAGCGAGUAGCGGAGCAUCAGGAUGAACUACUCGAGGGCCUAAAGCGUGCGCAAUUGGCGCGCCUGGAGGAUCAGCGCGGCACAGAGAUCAACUUUGAUUUGCCCGACUUUCUCAAAAACAAAGAGAAUCUCAAUGCGGCUGCCUCCAAGCUGCGCAAGGUGCGCGCCAAUUUGAGUCCAGUUAAUAAGACCAGCAACACCCCGGUGGAUGCGCCACAGCCAGCGCCGCGGCAUUCUAUUACACGCGGUCAACAGCCGCAGUCGCCCAUGAAGGUGGAUCUGGAGCAGGAGACAGAGUUACCGGCGAUGUCAACGCCCAUUGAACAGCAGGAGCUACAGGAAUUUGCCAAAGCGCCGCCACCGUUGCCGCCCAAGCCAAAGGUGUUGCCUAUUAAGCCAUCAAAUUGGGGCGUGGCAAAUACCCCGCCCAAUGGCAACAACAGCAACAAAUUCUCGCCUGCAAAGCUCACAUCCACAAAAACGGCGUCGACGACGACGACAACGUCGCCCACAAUCACGGCCAACACUUUGUCUUUUGCCGGCAAAUUGCCACUGGAGAUGGCACGCAAAUCGCUGGAGCAGGCGAGUACACGUUGUGCCUACCUCGAUGAGCCCAGCAGCAGCUUUGUUUAAUCCUAAGCCCACUUAUCGAUCUUCUGUCUGAUCUUUGUACAUACUUUUAUAUAUAUUUAUUUACACUUGUAUUGUAUUUUUAAAGUGUCCCAUCAGAAGGAACCAUGACGAACGUAGCAGUCCACAACUGCUCCACGAAGUGAUCGUGUGUAUUUAUAAUUAGCUGCACCUAAUCUUAAGUUUAACUGAGUAAAUAAAUGCCUAUAUAUACCUAUAUUGCCAUAAGUUUUUAACUAAUUACAUUUUUGCUUACACACACAUAUUUGUGUAAAUAUUGUUAAAAACAUCUGGUUGUAAAACUCUGUCCAAUUUCAAAUACGAAAUAGGCUGUAUUAUACAGAAUCCCAUACAUUUGUGCAUAAAUUUUUCUUCGUUUAUCAAUUAUCAAAAUAUAUUUUAAAUAGUACUGGUUACUAUGUCAAUCGAAAUCGUCAUUCAAACAUAGGGCCUAAUAUAUAAUAUUAUUAUAAUAUUUAAAAAAGCCUCAAAUAACUCAAAUAAUUAAAAAUAACGAAUAGCGGACCGACCGCGACCACUGCAUAAUAUUUCAAAACACAUUUUAAUUAUAUUUUUAUUUCCCUACUCUCUCAUAUAUAAAGACCUGUUGCUUGUAGAAUUUCUCAUUCAAAGCUAAACAGAAUGAGGAUUAUCAUGCAGCUCAGUGUCCUUCUGUGCCUGUUACUGAGCCUGGCGACAGCUUUCAAACUAAAUAAAGCCACUAAGCUACGAAAAGAAAUUUCAGACGUUUGCACGCUAGAUGCCCAAUAUGGUGAUUGUAAAGGGCACCAGUGGAAAUGGUAUUAUGACUUCGUACGCGACCGUUGCAGAGAGUUUGACUGGAGCGGCUGUGGCGGCAAUGCAAAUCUCUUUCAUAGUCAAAGCAGCUGUAUGAAUUACUGCUUGAACCCGAGCAACAAAUACAAUAUGCAAGAUUUCGAAAAUGAAAAUGAUGAUGAGUAAAUAAAUAAGUUGUCUAACUUUAAAAAUAAAAAUGUA